UUUCAAGUUUGUUAUUAUGACAACCAGUUUCUUCUCAAAUUUUCCUUUUGUCAACAAGUCAUAGACCCUACAUCGGAGGCACGUCAAACAAUUUAAAAAGAAAGAACGACAAAAGACGGACAAAUAAAAUUGUUUUUUUGGUGAUAUGUAAGAAACAUGUUCGGCCAGUUCUGUUCGCUGAAUUAAUUUGAUUAUUGGUCGUUGAAAUACCGUAAUGCACUCAUGGUAUAGAACGCAUCUCCAAUAAAAUUUCCCUGCCGAUAGUUUCUGCUUGUCCGAGGAAUGGAGAAUUCUAACAAAAUGUCAUUAUCUACAACCAGAACAAAAGCAAUACAGUGUGAAGUGUUGUCUAAUUCUCCUGUAAGCAAUUCAAACUCAUGGAAGUUUAUCACUCCAACCAGGCUCCAGAAAGCAAUAAAGGAAGCUAAAUAUGAUCUCCAUCACAUGCUAGAAAAAUCAGCACAUGUGAAUUAUCCUUUAGAAACCCCCAUAUGUUCAAAAAAAAGAAAUGCAAAGAAUGUGAUGUCUAUCCCACCAAAUCUUUCGCUAGAUCAAGAAGAACAGAAACGGAAAGCCAAAUCAACCAUCCAUAAACCAACAAGUCACCCAUCUUGCUAUAAAGAUCUGCCAUUUUCCGAAGAAAAGAAGCAUACUGAAUCUAACUCCUGUGUUUCUACAAAGAGCAGUUCUAGUAUCACAACUCCUGACCUUCAAAGUCAAGAAUUGGAAAAUAAUGAAGGAUUGAAUGAAGCAGAUCUCAAAUGGUUUGGAAAGAAUUACAGGACUCAGCUGAGCAGAAAAGCUACCAUCAGCAACACUGAUUUUAAGUCACAUAUUUCAAACAAAUGCAGCCUACAUCCACAGUCUUCCAUAGCCACCCACAAAAGGCAAAAUCAAAUACAAGUUCACAAAACAGUCAUUGACUUGGUCAAUCGAGUUCAAGUGCGUGAACAACAGUUACGGAAACAAUUGGCCGAAAUGUCUUUUACUCCAGCACCGUCGGUUUCUAGUACUAGGAGUAGUUUAGCAGAAGAAAGCCACGAGCCGAUACUAUUAUCAAACUUACCGAAAGAGCUAAAUAUAUUUGUGGAAGGUUCUUUCAAACGCGAUUGUACAGAAACAUCCUCAACUCAACACAGUGAUGAAAUGCUUAUGAGUGCCGAAAGCCUGAUUUCUUUGCUCGGUGACGAGUGGCUAAAAAACCUUUUAAAAGAAGAACUUGAAAUCUCUCAUAUUGAAUAAUUGUCUUAAUUUGCUAACACAUUUUACCCCACUGCUUGAGCAACGUUUCUUCAUUGAUGGCGUAAAACUAUCAAUACUUGAAUUGGCAUCUUAUAAACCUUAAGAAACCAUCUUCAUAUCGUCGCUUAGAAGGUUAUCCCAGCCAGCUGUCGUAAGUGAGGCACACAAUUUCGUCAAUGCAGCGCAAACAGGAAAACACUUUUACCAUUGGCCCAAAGUAAUUGUGUUUUGCUGCUGUAAAUUCGUACCUUUCUGUAACGCAGUUGACAAAAUUCUAUAGCAAGCAACCAA